GGAGCAGAGAAGAGGCUGCCAGUGAGAAAUUCAGCAUCAGGCAUCUGUGGGGGUCUGCAGGAGGAAGGAGGCAGGAUCAAGGAGAAAGCAAACAUGGACUUACAUUAUGAUUGUGCCGAGUCCCCAGCAGCCGAGCAGCCAUCAGGGAAAAUUAAUAAGACUGCCUUUAAAUUAUUUGGCAAGAGGAAAUCUGGCAGUGGCAUGCCCACCAUAUUCGGUGUGAAAAACAAGGGUGACAGCAAAGGCACUGGCAAAAUAGGAAUGGUACGGAGCAAGACCCUGGAUGGAUUGGCUGAUGUCGUGCUGGAAAGCAACAAGAAAGAGGAGCCGUGCACCGAAGCCGGGGCUGGUCAGCUGAACCCCGAAAAAAGCCCCAAGGUUUUAACAAUAAACGCAGAUGUUUCAUCCAACAGCUCCGUGGCCAAGUCACACAGCUUCUUCUCUCUGCUGAAAAAGAAUGGGAAAUCUGAGAAUGUCAGAGGAGAGCAGGCAGAGCAGAAAGCUGGCAGCAGACAAAAGAGAGGACUGAAGGGGCUGUUUAACAGCAUGAGAUGGAGUAAAAAAGAUAAAAGCUAUAAGGACGACAAAGAAGGGGCUUCGGAAAGCCAGCCUGGCCUAAUUUUGCCCAGCUCGUUGACUGCUAGCUUGGAAUGCAUUAAGGAGGAAACACAAAAACCUUUGUGUGAAAAGGGAAAAAGCACAGAGGAUAUUCCAGCUGAUGUACCCUUGGCAGAGCACAGUGGGGACGUAAACACCUCAGCAGAGGAGAAUUCCCUAAAGGCAAGUGAGGAAUCUCCCUGCUCAGCACUCAUUACUGAACAACCCCAGCUAGAGGAUGCCCCACUCGCCCAGCUCCAGGAGAACCUUUGCCAGCUGCCCCAGCCAGAGGUGGAGACCCUCCAGAAUAACAAAGAUGAACACGUAACAGGAUGCGGAGAUGUUAUUGCUGACCAAGAUGAUGAUGGAGGGAGCAGCAUGGGGUCAAAGUUGGUGCCAGGUAAUGGCAAGAAAGUCAUGUCCAAGAAGAACACAAAUAUUGUUGCCUACCAGGGCGGAGGGGAGGAGAUGGCCAGCCCAGAGCAAGUGGAUGAGACUUAUGUCCAAGAACUUUUCAGUAUGAUACCUCCUUCAGAGGGGGCAAGUGAAAAAACAGAAAAGGUCAAUGGCACUACACAGGCCUCAAGGGAGGUCAAAUGCAGUGACAGUGCCCAGGAUAGAAAUGCUAUCAAGCCAAGCAAGUUAAAGCAGGUGCCCGUUUAUCGCAAAGAGCGGGGAGAUCAAAACAGCAAAGCAAAUGAGAAGCGACAGUGUCUACGCAACAGUGAUGAGGGUUACUGGGAUUCACCAACGCCAGGUCAAGAAGAAGAAGAGCCCAGGAGUGUGGGAAAACAAGCCCUUGCCAGAGACAGCUGUAGCGGAGAUGCCCUGUAUGACCUAUAUACAGAUCCUGAUGAAAGCAUAGCCAAAGCACAGGUGGAGGAACCCCCACUCAGCCAUUCCCACUCCAAACCCCUAUCUCCUGUAACCACAUCAUGCCCAGUAAAAACAGCCAGCUCCAACAAAGAAUCCAAGAUCCCCAUCAGCAUUAAACAUCUGCCCGUUCACACUACAAACCAGGGGACUGACAGUAGCAGUGGCUCUGCCACUGGGCAUCCACAUCCGGUGAAAAGUGAACUACCCAGAACCAAAAUCCCAGUCUCCAAGGUACUGGUACGGAGGGUCAGUAAUAAGGCCAUAACAGAGACAGCAGCAGGUAAAAGAGCCAUCCAUGAUCCUGCCAGAAAACAUCACUGACACUGUGGGAAAAGCAAGUCAAAGCAAUGGUGGUGGUUGUUGUUGCUGCUUUACAGCCGGCUCCUACUUAAACGGAUCAUUUCAUUUAACAAAUAAAUGACAACUUAAUCAAUUAACCCAGGGCAAAUCCUCAAAUCAAAUUUUUUUAAUACUUGCUACACCAGAUUAUUUUCUGUUUUGUUUUCUACAUUUGUACGGUUCUGGUAAAACUACUGGGCAUCCCAUUUGGAUGUUUAUUUUUUUCCCUUACAAUUCAGAUGAUCUAUGUUUAGUAUUUAUUUUGAUGAAAAAUAACGAUGGAAGAAAAAAAAAAAAGGAAAAAAUGCAUGAAUAAAAAUAUUAUAUUAUUGCCAAAUUUAAA